GCCCUGGCCGGGCAAGGGGCACUUGGUAGACCUCCCGCCCCCAGAGCCCCUUUACUCGCCGCAGAAGUGGCCAGGGAUUCACGAUGCUUCGGACCUGUCGUGUGCUCCGUUCCCAGGCUGGAUCCCCCACUGGGGGCUGGCAGCCCCUGAGCUUUGAUGGGGGUGCUUUUCAUCUCAAAGGCACAGGAGAACUGACACGAGCUUUGCUGGUGCUACGGCUGUGCGCCUGGCCCCCUCUGGUCACACACGGCCUGGUGCUCCAGGCCUGGUCUCAGCGACUCCUGGGCUCCCGGCUCUCGGGAGCGUUUCUCCGAGCAUCCUUCUACGGGCAGUUUGUGGCUGGUGAGACAGCAGAGGAGGUGAAGGGCUGCGUCCAACAGCUCCAGACCCUAGGCCUUCGACCCCUGCUGGCGGUACCCAUCGAAGAGGAGCCAGACUCAGCUGUCAAGGCUGGCGAGGCGUGGUAUGAGGGGAACCUCAGUGCUAUGCUUCGGUGCGUGGACAUGUCACGAGGCGUCCUGGAGACCCCCAGCCCGACUGGGAACAUCCUUAUGCAGCUGAAGAUGACGGCGCUGACCAGUACUCAGCUCUGUAAGGAGCUAACCUCCUGGAUCAGAAAACCGGGGGCUUCCUUGGAGCUGAGCCCCGAGAGGCUGGCAGAAGCCAUGGACUCUGGGCAGGACCUCCAGAUCUCCUGCCUCAACGCCCAGCAAAACCACCAUCUCCAGGCCUCUCUGAGCCGCUUGCACCGGGUAGUACAGCAUGCCCGGGCCCAGCGUGUGAGGAUCCUGGUGGAUGCCGAGUACACCUUCCUGAACCCUGCUCUCUGUCUGCUGGUGGACGCCCUGGCCCUGCGCUGGAACGGCCCCGGGGAGGGCGGGCCCUGGGUGUGGAACACUUACCAGGCCUAUCUGAAGGACACACACGAGCGGCUGAGGAGGGCCGCGGAGGCCGCUGACAGGGCUGGCCGGGCCUUUGGAGUCAAGUUGGUCCGAGGGGCGUAUCUGGACAAGGAGAGAGAGGUGGCUCGGCACCAAGGGACCGAAGACCCCAUUCAGCCCAACUAUGAGGCUACCAAUCAGAGUUACAGCCGUUGUCUGGAGCUGAUGCUGACUCAAGUGUCCCACCGGGGCCCCAUGUGCCACCUCAUGGUGGCUUCCCACAAUGAGGAAUCUGUUCACCAUGCCACCAAGCGCAUGUGGGACCUGGGCAUUCCUCUGGAUGGGCCUGUCUGUUUUGGACAACUUCUAGGGAUGUGUGACCACGUCUCCUUGGCAUUGGGGCAGGCCGGCUAUGCCGUGUAUAAGUCCAUCCCUUAUGGUUCCCUGGAGGAGGUGAUCCCCUACCUGAUCCGGAGGGCCCAGGAGAACCGGAGCGUGCUGCAGGGUGCCCGCAAGGAACAGACACUGCUCAGCCAAGAACUCAAGCGGAGACUGCUGAGACGGGGCCUGAGGGCACCCCAUUAGCAUCCCCAAGGGUCAUGUGGUUAAUAAAGAUCCUGAGCUAUUGCCCAGGCUGCUGCCCUGCACAGAAGCUGCCUCCUUGGGGAAAGGCUAUUCUCUCUCUCUCUCUCUCUUUAAGAUUUAUUUAUUUGAGAGAGAGAGCAUGAGUUUUUGGGAGGAGCAGAGAGAGAGGGAGAACCAGACUCUACUGAGCAGGGAGCCCUAUGUGAGGCUCUAUCUGGGGACUCUGGGUUAUGACCUGAGCCAAAGGCAGAUACUUAACCAACCAAGCCACCCAGGUGCCCCAUGGGAAGGGCAGCUCUAGAGAGACUGCUAGCUGACCCCAGAGCACAGCAAGGGUAUCGAUCACAGGCAGGCCAGACAAUGGCACCUUUGGUGCCAGACUUCAGGGCUUGGACUCUGCCCCAAGGGCCGUGCGGAGUCAGGAGGGUUUCACGUAAGGGAGGGACAGGGUUUGGCUUUAGAAAAAGUCCCCCGGCUACCAUGCAGUGGGUGUCCCAGAGCAGGGCGACAGGCUGGGAGCCCAAGGGAAGCUGGACUAAGAAACCCCCGCUGGCAGCUGGAGCAGGGCGGGGCUGUAUCAACCGGAGGGGGGCUGGUGGGGAGGACCAGCUGGAGGCUGAGAGGCUGGAUGGGA